AUGAAUCUCGUUCAGCUCGUCUCUGCCGUCUUGGCCUGCCUCUCGCUUGUCCAGGCUCGGCCAUGCACGCUUUCCCAGCUCACAGGCAGCAACGGCAACUUUGCCAUCACCGGAGGCCCAGACCUCAGCACUCCCAUCCAGACCGGGACGACCCAGAUCAUCUCCUUCAACUGGGCCGUGGGCUGUCCUGUGAAAGCCAUCAACAGCAUCCUGGUCAUUCCCGCCUCGCAGGCCGCGGCCAACGGAACCACCCUCGAUACGACGCCAUCAUCCGUUUCGUUUGGCCGUGGACUCACCCACGACCUGGCUGCCUUCCUCAGCACCAGCAUUCCCGCAACUGUUCCCAGCGGCCGAUACACCUUCCGGGCGAUUCUGAGCACCACCACAGGUCCCUGCUCCAUCGACAGCACCCCGUUUCAGGUCCUGUCGGUGAGCCUGCCUGGCCCGCUGCCGACCGGCCCUGUGCCCGAUCCCAACAGCAUCAACUGCCCCGAAAACGCAGAUGACCACAAUCCGUCUCCCGGGUCUCCCUGCAGCUACAAGGGCAUCGUGAUCCCCGUCAACACCAUGUCGCUUCGGAUGCUCCAAGCAAAUCUGAGGCUGCCCAGCGCCUUCAUCACGACCCGCCCUCUGGCAGCUGCUGCAGCGACCGCUGGCUUCGAUCUGCACGAGAUCCCAGCCGACUUGGCCGCCAGCCAGCCCGGAUCAUCGCAUCGCAUCAAGGAAGACUGGUCUAAGAAAAUCCUCGCCGAAGCAGUCGAGCUCGACCCCAGCGAUGCCCAUCCUGCUUCGGGCAAUGUCUCCGCGCCAAUACCAUCCAAGCGAGCAUCAUCGUCAUCAUCGCCUGCAGCAUCCACGAGACGCCCUGCUGGAUCGCUCGAGAGUGAGGAUCCCCUAUCCGAGGACCAAAAGUACGACUUUGAGGUCGUCGAUUUCGACAAAUGGACCGAGACUCAGGCGCAAGCCAAAGCUGAGCACAUCCCGCAUGCCCGCCAAAGUCCAGAAGGUUUGUUCGGCACAAACCGCAUCGGCCAGAUCCGUAUUCCCAAAGAGUUGACGGACGGCAUCAACAGCUUGAUCCAAGAUCAGAAUCGCAAGCUUCUCAAGGAGGACGCCUACCGCAUCUUUGAUGCCCUGCGCUCCACGGGCAAGCUCGAGCACAAUAUGCUUCCCAAGAGUUCUUCCAAGCACCGCAAGAACGAGCGAAUCCCCGAGCCACACAUCCUCGAAUACGGCUAUCGGGAAUCGCUCGCCUAUGCUGCCGUGCGGCUUCCGCUCAGCUACGCCUCCACCGUCGCCGUCCUGAGCGAGCUCAAGAAGCGCCUGCCUGACUUUGAGCCUCGCUCUGUGCUUGACUUUGGUACAGGUCCUGGCUCGGCUCUGUGGGCAACCCGAUAUGUCUGGCCAAGCACCAAGAUCAAUGCCCUCGGUGUCGAUGUCUCCGAACCCAUGCUCCAGACAGCCACGCAGCUCGGAGGGUACCUCCAGGAACACAUCGACAACUGGUUCUCGUCCCUCAACUUUCGACGAUACCUGUCCUUCCGGAAAUCGGAAGAGAAGCAUGAUAUGGUCAUUGCCGCAUUCGCCCUGAGCGACCUGCCGACCGAUGCCAUCCGCCAGAGUACCCUGCAGAAUCUAUGGAGUCAAACCGGCGAUAUCCUCGUCCUCAUCGAUCGGGGUAUACCUGCUGGUGCCGAGUUGAUUGCAAAAGCGCGGCAGUAUAUCCUUGACCUCGAAAACGAUGCCUUCGUCGCGGAUCAAGACGAUAUGGACGAGGCAGAGCUUCCCGAGGACGAAGCCGAGUUCGAGUUUCUGGAAGAGGAAAACGGCGAGUCUAAAGAACGCACCGGGGCGUUUGUGGUUGCCCCUUGUCCUCACGACCAUAGCUGCCCGAUGCUGGAGCAAAAGUCCUGGUGCCAUUUCUCGCAGAGUUUGCAGCGAACCCGUCUGAUGCUCUCCAUCAAAGACGGGAAAAUGGGACAGGAGGAUAUCAAGUACUCGUAUGUUGUCAUCCGGAGAGGAAAGCGGCCAGUCUCCCCAACUUUGGCAGGUCAUUCUCCUGAACCCCACAGUGGCAAACCCAGCGCUGCUCCGGAUCUCGCCGCAGCUUCCUUCCACUGGCCCAGGCUUGUUGCUCCGCCCAUGAAGCGCGAUGGACAUGUUGUUCUUGACACCUGUGGUGUCUCCGGGGCUCUCGAGCGGUUUGUCAUCGGCAAGUCCAAGGGCAAACUCACCUACUACGACGCCCGCAAGUCUCACUGGGGCGACCUGUGGCCCCACAAGCCGACAAGCAAGGUGGUCACUCGUUUGCCCAAGCUCGACGCCCAGCUCUCUGGCCAAGCAAGCAAUGCCGAUGGCGUGAAUGACGAGUCGGAUGGGUCUGACGACAGGAUCGUGGACAUUGCCCGUGAAUUCGAGGCCGAUUUCAAUGAGCCUGCGGGAAUCAGCCGGACGCUGCUCAAGAAUGACAGCUACUAUAUGGUCAUGAAGGGCGACGAAAAGAUCCGCGGCGAUAUGAAGCACAAGCCAAAGCCCAAGAAAUAG